AUGUCAGGCUCCAGUGAUUCUCCUACAAUCAGUCACCAAGGCUUGCCUCAAGGUUUGGGAAUUGCUUCUAAUCAAACCAGUGGUCGUGCUACACCUAGGGAUUCCCUUGGUGGUACGAAUACAGACUCUAGAGUCAACGAUCCUAGAAUUGGAGCAAGUCCACAGAUGCAGCAACAAGACGGCGCCAACAAUCCUAAUUUUGGACCAGGAAAUAACCCGAUGCAACAGCAGAUGGGAAUCAAUAUGCUGCACCCACAUCAAAUCACACAACAGCUAGCUCAGAAUGCACAAAGACACUAUCAUCAAUUGGAGCAACAUCGAGCACAGCAACAAUUACAACAGCAGCAGUAUGCGGCUCAACAACAAAUGCAGCGAAAUCAAGCACAGCAGCAACGACUACAACAACAGCAUGUUAACCAGGCGCAAGCAUUUCAACCGGUACAAAUUCUGCCAAAUGAUGUUCUCAGCCAAAGCCCGAUCGCUACCAGAAUGAACGGUGGACAAAUCGAACCUGCAUUCCAACAACUUCUCAACACAGGUAUGGCCAUAAACCCCACACAAUACAUCAUGAAGAAUGGAAGGCCAAAUACCUUUGCUCCUACCGCCCCAACUAACGCACAACCCCGAGUAUCUGUUCAACAACCAGAGAAUGAGGAGGAGACCAGUUAUGAAUCCACUCGUCUCAAUCUCAUUAUCAAUUCUCCCCUGACUAUCACCGGCGAUGACAACAUAAUCACUUUCCACCCGGCCCCACAAGUCCAAAAAAUCACAGAUGCAAUCCUCAAAUCUCUACAUUCUGCGUCUGAAGGAUCACGCGGUAUUCCAAUGGGCGAUGCUGAUGGUCAACCUAGGGAAAUCAAAGUUGAAAUUGGCGCUGCUGUGACGAUCAAUGGAAAGAAUAAUAUCCUAGGAGAGGAAGCUGUCAAAAUCUGGGGACAGAGAGUCAAAGGGGAGGCACUGGCGGCACAGACACAGGCGCAGAGAAUGUUGGCACAGGUUCAUCUCCAGUCUCAAGCUAACGCGCAGGCUCAAGGACAGGGACAGGGACAGGGACAAGGACAAGGACAAGGACCGAGGAAUGGAACAGCAAAUAUGGAGUCAACUGUGCAAAGAAAUGCUCAGCUCGAUAGUAUCAUGAACGCGCGCUUACAAGCUCUUGUGACACAGGGACAGAUGCAGAAUGAGAUGGCGGCGCCGAAACUGGAAUUUCCAAGCGCACAGGAAGCAUUCCAGAGAUAUAAAGAUGAAGAUGAGAUUAUACGAGCACAAGGCGCUGUAUUCUGGAACACGGAACGCCAAGCCAACAUCCUCCGACAACAACAGCAAGCCAAAGCACAAGAAGGAAAAACGAAACCGCAAAUGGGUAUUUUCCCUGCUGGUCCUUCAAAAGAUUCUGGCAAGAGAGCUAGAGAAUCCAGCGUUGGUCAACAUGACGAAGAGGCGAAUAAGAAAACGAAGAUGGAUAUGUAG